AUGCUGGCCCUGCUGCCCGUGUCCCUGCUGGCCGCGCUGGUCCCCGCGGUGGCCCCCGGGGGGGCUCUGUCCUUCCUGGCGCUGGGGGACUGGGGGGGGCUGCCCGAGCCCCCCUUUGUCACCCCCCGGCAGGUGGCCGUGGCGGGGGCCAUGGGCCGCGCUGUCACCGAGCUGGGCGGGGACUUCGUGCUGGCCCUUGGGGACAACUUCUACUACGAGGGCGUGCGCGACGAGUGGGACCCGCGCUUCCAGGUGAGCCCUGGGGACACGUGGGAUGGGCAAGUGAGACACGGGCACCGGGGCUGCAGGGAGCCCAAAGGUGUGUGGGGACCCCCAGACGUGCCCGGGGACCCCCAGAGGUGCCCGGGGACCCCUCGAUCCCUCCGGGGUAGCCCCGGGGGGGUCCCUCAGGUGCGUCCCCCCCCUGACCCCCCCUUCCCCCCGCAGUACCUGGAGGAGGGGGGGGUGGGCUACAUCCUGAGCGGCGCCGGCAACUUCAUGGAGGACUCGCGGCCGCACGAGGGCUCGGUGCCCCCCGGGGCGCUGCGCUUCUUCUUCGGGAGCCCCGCCAGCCCCGGCGGCUUCGCCCACGUGCGCCUGGAGCCCCGCGCCGCCACCGUCACCUUCCUGGAGGCCACCGGGCGCGUCCUGCACCGCGUGACGCUGCCACCGCGCCAGCUCUGAGGGCACGGGGACGGGGGGACACGGGGACCCCUUCCCUGGGGACACUGGGACAGCAGGACACAGGGACACUGGGGACAGGGGGACACUGGGGACACUGAGACCCCUUCCCUGGGGACACUGG